UGAAGCUCUUCCGCAGAGAGCUCCAACAAUGGCCGCUGGACGUGAGGUCUCAGUGGUAACUAUUGGAGGUAAAGGCUCCUCUCUCUCUUCGUCAUCUGUCUACGCCAUUGCUAAUGGCCUCUCUCAGGUAAGAAUCGAUUCUGCAGUCACUGAUAAGCUACCUAUGAAACAACCCCUCUCUACGUUUCCUCAGCAGAACUGGAAAUCGAAAUUUCUAACCGUAGAAGAAUCUCGAGCUGCUCUUGUCGUCCUUCUGAACAAGCUCGCUCUCUCCAAUGCUGGUAUCCGUGACGUUCUUCCCGAUUCGAUUGUCGGAGCCCUAAAUGCCGGAUUCGACCCCGAAAGCUUGGACUUUGGUUCUGUAUCUGCGUUUCUCGAUUCCUUGUUUCGGUUAAGCUCGAAGAAUCUCAAGGAGGUUGGAGUAACGGAUAGGGAAUUGGUUGUGUUGGAGAACCCUUCUGCUGUUUUGAUUGGCAUUUCUGCGCUUUUGGAUCACUCGUCUAUGGUUUUGUCAACUGUUGCAGACGCAGUUGCUGCCUUAUCAUGUGAGGCUUCAAAGGCUGACGUAUCAGCAUUCAAUUAUUUGGAUUCGGGCGACGGUUUUUCUGCUAAGGACGAGUCUGCUGUUGCCAGUGAUAUAAAGGUUUUAAUUGUUGGAUCCAAGCUUGUAGGCCGGGCCAAAUUGGAUGCUAUUUCGGAGAUUCCCGAGGUUCACGGGAGUUUGAGGGAAGUGGUGAGGUCCGUUCACGCGAGGUUGCGGGUUGAGCUGAAUUCUGUGGUGAAAGUUGUUAAAGGGGGUUCUGGGAGUAAUGGGUGUGGGAAGGUGUUGAUGAAUACAUUAUGGCCGUUGGCGUCGUCACUUCAGUUCUUGGGUGAGAAUAGUUUAUGUCGAGCGAAAUUCAAUGCUGAUUCGAUAAAUUCUGUUGAUUUACGGACUCAGAUGCUGGAACUGCUUGAGAGAAGUUGCCCUACUUCUAAUAGUUUGAACGAUGCAUUUCGAUUGAUUUGGGAAGCUAAAUGUGAAGCUGAUAACAUUAGUUUUUUGCAUGGAAUUUACUGUUUAUUGCUUAAUGUGAGAACAAUUGUUGCUUGGGAAGGGGCAUUAGCAUUAUUUUCACUUGAGAAAAGUGAGUCAAAUGAAAAAGCCCAAGGAGCUGCACCUGCAAGAGCUGAAGGAAAUGGAGGCAAUGUAAAUGCUGAAAGGAAGAGUGAGAAAAAGAAGAAGGUCUUGGGAAAGGGAACUACUGUUAUAAGGCAACUUGUUAAAGACAGGUUGCAGAAUCAGGAGGGAGAUAUGGUUGACGAUGUGGAAGUGCUAGUUCGCUGGUCUCAAAACCUUUCCUUGUUUUUCGACCCUAAGGACCCAGAACUUGAUAUUUUCCUUAAGAAAGUAAAAGAGAUUGUGGAAAGCAAUGAAUCUAGAAGACUUCCCAAAAUUCCUAAGGGUACUCGGGAUUUCGCAAAAGAGCAAAUGGCCAUAAGAAUGAGAGCAUUUUCAAUCAUAGAAGAGGUAUUUGAGAUGCAUGGAGCAACGGCCCUAGAUACUCCUGUUUUUGAAUUGCGAGAGACACUUAUGGGAAAAUAUGGGGAAGAUUCAAAGCUGAUAUAUGACCUUGCUGAUCAGGGUGGUGAGCUAUGUUCUCUGCGUUAUGACUUAACUGUGCCAUUUGCUAGAUAUGUAGCCAUGAAUGGUCUCAGUUCAUUCAAAAGGUACCAGAUUGCUAAGGUAUACAGAAGGGAUAACCCAUCUAAGGGACGAUAUCGUGAAUUCUACCAAUGUGACUUUGAUAUCGCUGGUCAGUUUGAAUUGAUGGGGCCUGAUUUUGAGGUUAUCAAGAUUUUGACUGAACUUCUUGAUGAAUUAAACAUCGGUGAUUAUGAGAUAAAGUUGAAUCAUCGGAAAUUGCUGGAUGGGAUGCUGGAGAUUUGUGGCGUUUCUCCUGAAAAAUUUAGAACAAUAUGCUCAAGCAUUGACAAGUUGGACAAGCAAUCAUUUGAGCAAGUCAAGAAGGAAAUGGUGGAGGAGAAGGGAUUAUCAGUCGAAACAGCAGACAGAAUUGGAACUUUUGUGAAGAGCAGGGGACCACCGCUGGAAAUAUUAUCCGUGUUGAAACAAGAGGGUAGUCAGUUUUUAGAACACAAAGGAUCUGCUGCUGCAUUGAAUGAGCUGCAGAUUUUGUUUAAAGCUUUGGAAAAAUCCAAGAGUAUAAACAAGGUGGUCUUUGACUUGUGUCUUGCAAGAGGUCUUGAUUAUUACACUGGAGUUAUAUUUGAAGCAGUUUUCAAAGGUACUACACAGAAGCAUGGAAGAUCAUAUUUGCUUAUUUACGAUUGGCUGAUCAUGCUAAAGCUUGAUGGAGAUCCCAUGAAGAGAAGCUCAGAGUCAGACAACAUGAUCCAGCGUACAGAAUCUCUUAAAAAUUCUGAUGACAGGGUGGAGAAAGUACUUGAAGAAUCCACUGCAGAUGUCGCCAUGGAAGGCAAUGAAGAGAUUGUGUCUAUUGAUGAACUACCAACUGAUGAUUGCAUUGAAAAGUUCAUGCCUCAAGAUUCUAUUGUAGAAAACUGCAUUGCAGCGGUUGAUGUACUUUCCUGUGAGAUCGUUGUAGAUGAGUUUGUUACUAUAGUUGAAGCGAUGGAUGUGACAAUUUCUAAAGAUCCCGUGGUUAUUCCCUUUGAAGCCAACAUUAAUUUAGAGGUGGAGCAUGUGGAUUUUAUCUUUCCACCUAAGUUUUUCGAGGAGAAAGGACCACGUCUCGCAGACUUCAUUCCCUAUGUUUGUGAGCUGCCGAAAUUUUAUUAUGGGCUGAAGUUGAACUUUCAUCACAUGAAGAUUCUUCCUUCUCUACAAAACUCGAGGUCGAGUUUUUUUCAAGCAUAG